UCACAACAACAUCCUAACCUCUGAACUUCAGUUCUUUACUUCUUUUCAGUAACCUUGUGUUAAAUUGUGUUUAGGCGAUUAGAGGAGUAUUAUUCUUACUAGUGCCUUUCAACUCUAUAUAACUGUGAAAAUGAGUCGCAAUUUAAAAGCCCUUAUUGGACCUUCGAUUCUCAAUGCAGAUCUUUCAAAACUUUUUGAAGAAUCUCAGAAACUACUUGAUAAUGGUGCAGACUAUCUACAUUUAGACGUUAUGGAUGGUCACUUCGUGCCUAAUUUAACAUUUGGACAUCCAGUCGUGAAAUGCCUUCGCUCAAAAAUCAAGGAUGCUUUCUUUGAAACUCACAUGAUGGUUUCAAAGCCAGAACAAUGGAUAGCUUCAAUGGCUGAUGCUGGAGUAAAUCAAUAUACUUUUCAUAUUGAGCCUGUGACAAAUGUUGAGGAUGUCUGCAGAAAAGUUAGAGAAAGUGGCAUGAAGGUUGGUGUAGCAAUCAAACCAGGAACUCCAGUAUCAGAAGUAGAGAAAUACAUAUCAAUGGCAGAUAUGGUGUUGAUCAUGACUGUAGAACCUGGGUUUGGAGGUCAGAAGUUCAUGGAAAACCAGAUGGCUAAAGUGCAACAUCUGAGAAGAAACUACCCUCUUCUGGAUAUUGAAGUGGAUGGGGGAGUAGGCCCUUCUACUAUAAGCUGUUGUGCUGAUGCUGGAGCCAACAUGAUAGUCUCAGGAACAGCAGUUAUUGGAGCAGCUGAUCAAGCAGAUACUAUCAAAACACUCAGAGAUACAGUACAACUUGCAAUUAAUAAGCUAUAACAUACUAGUUACUGUUAUUUACUAAGUACAUUCCUUUUAUUGGGGAAAUAAGGUCUUCCAAUUUUGUAAAUGUUUACAAUAAAACAAUUGUUAAGA